AUGUCUAAAGAAAGCUGCAUGUUUGGUGCAGCGGCGGUCACGUCAAGUGACGAGAAGGUUGAGAAGAAGCUUAGUAGAAAAGAAUUGAAAAAACUGCAGAAGAAAGCAGAGUAUGAGCGUGAAAUUAAAGAAAUGGGUGGUACAGUUGAAAAUCAAGAAGAAGCAAUUGAGAAGAAGGAAAGCGGUGGAAUUGGGUCAGGUGCGGAACUUGGACAGCAAUUUUCUGUCUCGCAGCAAGCGAAGUCCGUCGGACAACGGAAUCAACUUGAAAAUGCCAUUGACAUUAAGGUGGAGAAUUUUGAUAUUGCAGCUCAAGGACGAGUUUUGUUUCACAAAGCUGAGUUAACAAUAGCUUUCGGAAGACAUUAUGGUCUCGUGGGCCCAAAUGGAAUGGGCAAAACUACACUUUUGAAACAUAUUGCGGCCAGAAGGUUGGAAAUCCCACCAAAUAUUGACCUUCUUUAUUGCGAACAAGAAAUUGAAGUUGAUAAUACCCCGGCUAUUGAUGCAGUUGUUAAAUCAGACAAAUAUCGGCUGGCUUUGAUCGAGGAGGAGGCGCAAUUGAUAAAGAAGUUAGAAGAAGGAGACGUUUCAGUUGGCGAACAUCUAAAAGAAGUCACUGAUGAACUGAAGAAUAUAAAUGCAGACGCAGCGAAACCAAAAGCACGCCGUAUAUUGGCAGGUCUCGGCUUCACGAAAACCAUGCAAGAAAAACCAGUUGAAGCAUUUUCGGGUGGUUGGCGUAUGCGUAUUUCAUUAGCCCGAGCUCUUUUCUUGGAACCAACAUUAUUGAUGCUUGAUGAGCCAACUAACCAUCUUGAUUUGAAUGCGGUCAUUUGGCUCGAUAACUAUUUACAAACGUGGAAAAAAACCUUAUUGAUUGUCUCACAUGACCAGGGUUUUCUAGACAGUGUGUGCACAGAUAUUAUCGAUUUGCAAGAUCAGAAACUGUAUUACUAUAAAGGAAAUUAUUCUGCUUUCAAGAAAAUGAAGGAUCAGAAGAUGAGGGAGCACAUGAAAGCUUUCGAAAGUCAGCAGAAGCAACUAGCUGCAAUGAAAAAAGGUGGCAAAAGUUCGAAACAAGCUGUUGAAGAAAUGAAAAACCGGCUACAAAACAAGCAAAAUAAAGUUAACAAGGGCAAAAAAGGCUCUACUGCUAUGGCCGAUAUUGCUGAUGCACCAGUCGAAUUGCUACAUAAAAUUAAAGAAUAUAAUGUGAAAUUUACUUUUCCGGACCCAACAAAAUUGCCACCGCCAGUGCUCGGAUUGCACGGCGUAACUUUUGGCUAUAAAGACCAAAUGUUAUUUAAAAACCUUGAUUUUGGCGUGGAUAUGGAUUCUCGUAUUGCGAUUGUGGGACCCAACGGUGUUGGGAAAUCAACACUACUAAAGUUAUUGGCAGGCAAAAUUGAACCACACCAAGGUGAAGCCCGAAGGCACAGACAGCUACGCAUAGGAUGGUUCGACCAGCAUGCCAACGAAGUACUGAAUGGCGAACAAACUCCAGUCGAAUACCUUUUUACUAAAUUCAGGAUCGAUUAUCAGGAUGCGAGAAAGCGAUUGGGUACAGUAGGUCUUCCAAGCUCCACACACACUGUAAAAAUAAAAGAUUUAUCUGGUGGACAGAAGUCUCGCGUUGCUCUCGCCGAAUUAGCUUUGGGAGCUCCGGAUUUGCUGAUAUUGGAUGAACCUACUAAUAAUCUCGACAUUGAAUCAAUCCAUGCAUUGGCAGAAGCAAUUGAAAACUUUGGUGGUGGUGUAGUAAUGGUUACACACGAUGAACGUUUGAUAAGGGAAACAAAUUGCCAGUUGUGGAUUGUUGAAAACUUGGGCGUUGCUGAAAUUGAUGGCGAUUUCGAAGAUUAUAGGAAAGAAAUCCUGGACCAACUUGGAGAAACAUCAACGUCACUGGAAAAAGAAAUUGUUGACCGUUAA